AGAGGCGCCGCCUCUCGGCGGAGCGGCUGCACACCGGUAAUGGAUGAGCUUGGCACCUCGUUGGAUGUAGGGUCAUCCCCCGGAGGCUCGGACCAGGCGGAGCUGUCGCGGAUGAUUGCAAUGGAGCAGCAAAAGGCUCAGUUCCAGCUCAAGGUGCACAAUUUCACCGACGUGUGCUGGGAGAAGUGCGUGGAGAAGCUGAGCUCCCGACUCGACUCUCGGACCGAGGCCUGCCUAGUGAACUGUGUGGACCGCUUCGUGGACACCACCCUGGCCAUCACCAACCGUUUCGCCCAGAUGGUGCAGAAAGGGGGUCAUUGAAUCCACACAUCAGUGAAGGUGACUGCCACCCCGAUCUCUCAGGAACGAAGGGGCCGUUUUGUACGUGUUCUGGAAUAUUUGCCAUUGACCAGAUCUAUCAUGUUGUACAUGCUUUGAGCACGUUUCACUGUGCAGCUAUUUGAAUACCCUUGCUCCAAGGUCAUUUCAGCAACUUCCGUUGCCACUGUGUGUGCGUGUUUUGGCUGCGCACAGAUCCUGUGUGAAUCCACAAAAAAUGUCAUUAAAGUCUCUUACUUCAUGACUA